AUGGCCUGUGCAUGGUUCGGGGUCAGCUGGUUGAACACAGACAACUGGGUCGUGGCCAGUGGACUGCAGGACAAGAACGCCCAGCACCAGUACCUGGCCUGUAUCCUCUGGUCCUUCUGUCAGCUGGGAGUGGGCGAGAGCCCCUUGCAGCCGACGAACGAGGUGGAGAUGCUCCUGAACGUCUGCAUUACCUUCAGGUCCCUUAUCACUUCGGCCACGCUCAUCAGCACCAUGAGCAGCCUAAUCGCUGGCCUGCGGAAGAUCGAGCAGGACGAGACCACCGAGUUUCGGCUUCUGCGGCGCUACCUGAAGCACAACGAGAUCCGCAGUGACGUGGGCCAGAAGGUCACGCAAUUCUUGCAGCAUCAGUAUGCCUUGAAGCAGCAGGCCAGGUCCUUUCACGCCCGUGUGCCGCUGCUGGACUUGCUCUCGCGCCCGCUCUUCCACGAGCUCCAGUUCGAAAGGCAGAGUUUAGGAUUGAGGGGUUUAGGGGUUUAG